CUAUCACCACGCGUCUCCCUGGUUAGUUGGAGUCCCUGCAUCGUCUCAGAUGCCUACACGACCACAAUGCCUCUGGGAUUUGAGCGCCUGAACGAGCGAACGCAACGUCCCAACGCUCACGUAAACUUCAUCCGCCCACUCCCUGGUCCUACUUCAUCUACAGCCGAAGAUAUACUCAACCGCGUUGCAGCAAUAUGCUACCCGUUCAUGAAGUCGAACAUGAUCUUAGUCCAAGCCCUUGAGGAGUUCCCUUUCAAUACCGAAUUUGUGGGACGCAACUUCAACGCAGGCGAGGUCAUACAGCUGGUCUUAAGGGAUAGACAUGGACGAUGGCUACCUCAGAAAAUGGUAGAGAUGGUCAUGGUUCAUGAGCUGGCGCACUGCAAGCAGAUGAACCACUCGAAAGCAUUCUGGAAAGUUCGAGAUGCAUAUGCGGUGGACUUGCGGGCACUGUGGGCAAAGGGUUAUACUGGAGAGGGUAUGUGGGGCCGAGGCAGGAACCUGCAGUCCAGUUCGGUACAGCAGGACACUAUCGACGCAGAAGAUGUUCCAGAACAUCUUUGCGGAGGAACAUAUGGCAGGAGAGCAAGGAAGAGAAGAAGGGGAGGUAAAUCCAAGGAAACGCUAACUUAUGCCGAGAGAAAGCAAAGACGUAUCUUGAAGAAAUUCGGUGCCGGCGGACAAACUGUAGGCGCCGAUGAUAGCGUCAAAGUCAAAUUAGAAGGUGGCACUGUCAAGAAAGGCAAACCAAGGGUAGCCGGAAGCGCACGUGGUCGAGAUCUUAGGGCAGCUGCGGCGUUGGCACGAUUUGAAGCUGCUGUUAAAGAGGAUGCUGUUAUCAAAGAGGAGAGCCCAUCGGAAAGCGAUACAGAGGAUGAUUACGAAGAAAGCAUUGAAAACGCAGCUAUCGAUGUCGACGGCAAGAAAAUGAUGGAUGACAACGGUCGGUCCCUAGUCAAAAUCUGUGACGACGAAGACGACAAGGACAAUAACGCGCAGAGAGAGAUGCUCGAGAUACAGGGUCUGGACGAAGGGGAGGCGAAGACGAACGAAUCCCGAUCCACGCUAAUUCAAGAUCCGGCCAAAUCAAGUGCAUCAUCACUCAAAGAGGCAAAGCAGUCCUUCGGCACAUCUAGGGUGUCACCCAAGAUUCUAGGUGGAGGUUCUGAGAACGUCCUUCCGUCGCAGUCUAGCCCGACGACUGGUGCUCGUUGCAACACGUCUGUUUCGAAUCUCCAGUCCAAGCAGCCAUCUGCACCGACGGUGGAUUGUGCCGUCUGCUCACUUGUCAACGAACGCGGUUCAAUAACGUGUGCAGUGUGCUCUAAUGUACUCAACCCUCAUUUGAUGACCGACCACUGGAAAUGUGGCAGUCUGGCGUGCAGUGGCAGCAAGUAUAUCAACUCGGGAGAUGCUGGGCGGUGCGGAGCGUGUGGUGCCGCCAGAUAG